AGAAUUUCUGUAACAGGCCACUCCUCUCUGCAUUCAAACUCACUCUCCCAUAUUGAACUCCUCUCUUUCAACAUCAUGGCGUUUGCAGGGAAAUAUGAACUUGAGAGCCAGGAGAACUAUGUGGAAUUCCUGGAAGUGCUUGGACUUCUCAAUGCCAAGACCGACCACAAAGUGGUGACAGAGGUGGUGCAAGACGGAAACGACUUCACCUGGACGCAAAGCAUUCCCAACUGGACAUGGUCCAAUAAGUUUACGGUUGGUCAGGAAUGUGAGCUGGCAACUAUGACAGGCUCCAAAUUCAAGGCUCCUGUAACUUUGGAAGCUGGGAAGAUUUCCAUGCAGUUUCCACAGUACCAUUUCACAGCAGAGAUCGUAGAUGACAAGCUUGUUAUGACUUGUGUAACUCCAGGCGAGAAGGGUGUGACUUUCAUACGAGUUAACAAAAGGAUCUGAUACUGCGAGACUCAACAUGCUUCAGCAGAAAAAGAAUGACAAGGCUCGCUGUCAUCGCUGGGAAAAGAGGAAUAACAAGACGAUGCGAUGAGAGGGAAAAUACUAAAGCCCCAGUUUGCAGAAGCUGAGACGCCAAACAAUAUGUACUGUAUUCUUGCAUAACCAAGCUCAGGUAAAAGAGGGUUCAUGUUUGAUCUGAUAAAAAUCCUCCACAUAAAGUCUGUUUAGAAAAUGAUUCGACUGUUGUUGUUUUUUUGGUCCUGCACACCAGUAAUGUGUCAACACUGCUUUUCUGCGCAACUUGCAACAAAUGCACAUUUCUGUUGAGCUGAUAGUGGUUUCUUCCAGGGUCUCUCCCUCCAGACUGAUAUAAAACACAUACUAAAAAUGCUUGUACGUUUUUUGAGAUUGCAGUAUUAAUUUGAUCCUGCUGCUUGAAAUAUGUAAGACAGUUAUUUCAGCUCAAAAUGUAAUUAAGUUACACUUACACUACACACCUUACAUGUCUGCUUAUCGCUUAGGUUUUACAAAAUCGUAGAAAAAAGAAAUUCCAGUUCAAAGUGCUGAAAUCUUGUGAACAAGAUUGAAACACACCGUAUUCCUUAAUCAGGGCCUUUGUGAUUAUAUCUAGAGUGUGAGAAAAAUGAUUGUGUUGGCCUUAAUUUGACAAUUUAGUUGUAAAGCAGUGACUGAUAAACUGAUUCUGUUGCAUCUCCAGUGAACUGAUGAAUCUUCUCUUUUUCACUGAAGAAAUGUUGUAAAUGAAGUAAACUCAUCUCUUCAGACACGUCUUCCCAUGUCAUUAACAGUAAACAAUGUACAAAGUAAAUAAAUUUGUCCAAAAAAUC